AUGCAUCUAUUCAAUGCCGCAGCCGCAGUCUGUCUGCUUGCGACUGCUGGUCAUGUCCACUCUCUGCAACUAUGGAAGACUCCUGGAGACAUUCCAAAUACCGUGCCAGCACCUUGCCGCAUCGCACUUAUAGGAGACAUCAAGUGCGGGCCAAGACUCAUUCGAAGCAGUGAAAUCCAGGCACCGGGAGCACUGGACCAAGAGUUUCUAACUGAGUACUGCAAGAAGGACUGUGGCGAUUCUCUCGACGGCUUUGCAAAAAAAGUCAACGGCAGUUGCGGCUGGAAGUCUUAUAGCUGGGGUGACGGUUUUGAUCGCUCUGGCAACUCCAUCGCGCAGACUCUUGUCUGGAACCACGAGGUUGCCUGCCUCAAAGAUGAAAAGACGGCAGACUUUUGCGUGCCGCAGAUUGCGGCUCGCAAAGCCGAGAAAUGCAGCGAUUGCGCGUUGCGAUAUCUUUCGUCCUUUGUCGACGUGGAAAUGGCACCCGAUCUUAUCAGCGAGAGGCAGUUUAAGAAUCUACUAAAAGAGUGCUCGGCCAACCCGUCUAGCUAUCCCAUUGCAACGAGGACUCUGGGAGAACCUAAUGGUCCCACUCUAGCAAUCGACCGUUUUCUCUCCGAGAACAAUCUAGACUCCAAAUGCGAGACACUAAAAGUUGGCGACAAGGUGUGCAUUGGAUCUAGCUGCAAACUUCAAGAAGUCAAAGGAAAUCAAACUUGCAAAGAUAUCAUGCAAGGUCAAAAGUUUACCAUUGUGGAACUCCGUGCUUGGAAUCCAGUUCUCUAUUCCGACUGCGGCAACUUGGACACCCUCAUUGGCCACUCCAUCUGCAUUUCACCUCCCGGAACCGAUCAUUACGACGUAAACGGCACCGUCACGUGGAGCACCGGACCGACCAGGCCACCUACGGGCACAUGGGCGCCGCUGCCCACGACCGGUCGACCGGCUGGCAGCGAAACGAUUCCCGAAAUCAUCACAGACGCGCCUACGCAGACUGCUUCGGGCAACGCGACGGCAACGUCUGAGUGGAAUCAGGUCGUCACCAACUGCCCCGUGUCGGACGACGUUGUCGAGGCUGGCUUUGACUGGGACAUGCUCUCGGACGAGUGCUCGGAGAUGCUGGAGCCCUACUGCACCCAGCCUCUGCCGGGAAGCACCUAUCCCGCAAGCACGACAUUUCCGAGCAGCUGUCUUCCUAGUGCGAUCCUGGGUCUUGGGAAUGGGACAGAUGUGGCGGAAGCUGCGGGCAACGCGACACUGGCAAGGAGGAAGUACUAA